AUGGCGUACGUCGACCACGCAUUCUCGAUUACCGACGACGAUCUAAUGAUGGAUGGAUCGUACACCAACACCAACCGUCCUUCCAUCAAGGAGAUCGGACUCGCCGUCUCCCUCCUCGUCUUUGGCGUCAUCGGUACCGUCGUCGGCUUCUUCAUGACCUCCAACAGAGUCGACGGCGACAGAGCUCAUGUGCUGGGGAUCGGUGUUCGUCUGGGAGUGGAGCAGCCGAUGAUGGUGGAUUGGGAGGAGGUCGAAGCGGCGGCGGCGGUUAAGAGGGAGGAUGUGCAAGCGGUGGAGAGCGGCAGAUCUUCUUAUGAGAAUGCUACGAAUGAUGGCGGUGCUCUAUGGGGAGUUGAGAGACAGGGAGGAGCAAGCUCGGAGGCGGCCUUGUAG